AGCGUGGUUGCCUUUUAUCUCUGGCAAGGCAGUGUCCGUACUUAACUUCUUCUCCAUCUAGCGUCAAAAAAAAAACUUCUUCUCCAUCUCCCUUCACGCCGCAAUCAAGAGAACGAAGGCGCCUAGGGUUGCGGCUUCCAUCUUGCCACUCCAGCGGCUCAUCCCAGCCAGCCACGCCCCAUUGACGGCCUCCUCCAUUCUUCUCUGCACCGGCCUUGUCCCCGUCUUCCCCGCCCUGUUCCAGCUCCCCUCCUGCCGUGCGCCUUGAACUCCUCGGAUCAAACCCAGCUUCCCCUCUGCGUAAUCGUCCUGAGUGGUAACUACGGUCUGACUUCCCGUUGCCUGACCAGACGGCCCUGCCACCGAGCAGCGUCCCCGCGCCCGCACGCUACCACCUCGCGCUCGCCUCGUCCUCGGCUGCUCGGCACUUCGGCAGGCACGACCAGGACCGCGCUCGGAGCACGCUGACCGCCGUCCAUCGCAACGGCCCGGGUCGCAACAGGCAGCACGCAGGGGCCAACGCCAGUCCACUGGGCCUAGCUUGUUACAUUUGCAAAGGACAAAUUCUGGCAUGAAUACCACUCAGAAAGUUGAUCCAGGGGAACCAGCUGCUAAGAUUGCUCAACAAGCCUCUCAGUUCAAACGAUGGGGACGCAGACAUCCAUUUGUUCGAUAUGGUCUUCCACUCAUUUCGUUGACAGUGUUUGGUGCGGUUGGUCUAGCUCAUCUUAUACAGGGAAGCAAAGAAGUAACAAAGGAAAAGGAGGAUAUGGAAUGGGAGGUCGUAGAGAAAACAAAAGCUCUGAGCCGAACAGGACCGGUUGAAGGGGCCUAUAAGCCUAAGAAGCUCUCACUAGAGGAUGAACUCAAGGCUUUGCAGCAAAAGGUGGACAUAAACAGCUACGACUACAAGAGAAUUCCCAAACAAAAUGAAAACAAGUGAAGUAAAGCACCGGUUAUCAUGCUAAGGAGUGGGAGAUUUUCUUAAAAGCUCUGAAGUAGUUUCUUCAUAUUGUUACUUCAUAAGUUCCUUGGGAUGCUGUCGAAGUGUUAAAAUGAGAUUAUGGAGACAUCAUCAUCAGAGAACUCUGUGCUUCAUCAGCCACCAGCAGUCGAGACUUAGGUCGAUGAUCCUUAUGAAGGCUUGAACCGUAGGAAUCAUCUUUGUAGCAAUAGGAGAUGGACGUUUUCACAGUCCGCCCAAGUGAGUUUCUUUUUUUGAGUUGAUCGAAUACCGCCUUCAUUAUCAAGGGGCCAAUAAAUUGUAACAGAGUACUCUGACGUGUGAACAAUCAGAUUUUGUAUGCCAUUCCUUGGAAGCUA